CUUCUUAUACUUCUUCCUCUUCGUCCUCUUCUUCUCCUUCUCCUUUCCUUUGCACACCCUCUUUGACUCUCUGUACCACCAUGCCCAUCUCUUCAUACCCUUACUAGAUAUACAAUCAAAGAAGAAGAAGAAGAAGAAGAAGAAGAAGAAGAAGAAGAGAAGAUUGAUCCAUGGGGAAUUGUUUGCAUUCUUCAAAGAAAUCUUCAAGCCCUUAUAACACAAGGUCUCUCAGUUCAGAGCCAUCGACAUCGAGGAUCGGUGGUAGUAGUACUACUACUACUACUACUACGACAACUGGUAUUCUUUCAAACGUUAGCAGUAGCACAUUUGGGCAGUCCACCGGCAGUGGUGUUAGUCUUGAUGAGGCAUUCCCAGAAGGCCGGAUAUUGGAUCUACCUAACCUUAGGAUCUUUACAUUCAGUGAAUUGAGGAAUGCCACAAAGAAUUUUAAACCAGAAAUGGUUCUCGGAGAAGGUGGAUUCGGGACAGUGUUCAAAGGGUGGGUUGAUGAGAAAACUCUCAAUCCUGUGAAGAGUGGCCAAGGUAUGGUGGUUGCAGUUAAGAAACUCAAUUCUGAGAGCUUGCAAGGUUUGGAAGAAUGGAAGUCAGAAGUGAAUUUUUUAGGAAGGCUCUCUCAUCCGAACCUUGUCAAGCUCUUGGGAUAUUGUUUGGAAGAAAAGGAACUCCUACUUGUCUAUGAAUUCAUGCCAAAAGGGAGCUUAGAAAAUCAUCUCUUUAGAAGGGGUGCUACUUUUGAUCCACUAUCAUGGAACCUAAGGUUGAAGAUAGCCAUAGGGGCAGCCCGAGGGCUCGCAUUCUUACAUUCAUCUGAACGACAAAUCAUUUAUCGGGAUUUGAAAGCUUCUAACAUUCUUCUUGAUAUGAACUACAACCCAAAGCUUUCUGAUUUCGGUUUGGCGAAGAAUGGUCCAAGCGCUGGGGAUUCACAUGUCACCACAAGAGUCAUGGGCACCUAUGGAUAUGCUGCUCCUGAAUAUGUAGCCACCGGUCACUUAUAUGUAAAGAGUGAUGUGUAUGGCUUCGGAGUAGUGUUACUAGAAUUGCUCUCAGGUCAACGAGCACUUGAUCCAAAUCGUCCUGCGGGGCAACAAAAUCUUGUCGAUUAUGCCAAACCAAGUCUAUCUGAUCGGAGAAAGCUCGCCCGCCUAAUGGACCCUAGGCUUGAGGGACAGUAUCCAUCAAAGGCUGCUUUUCAAGUGGCACAACUCACUCUAAGGUGCCUUGCCGGCGAGCCCAAGAACCGCCCGCCAAUGAAGGAAGUUGCAGAUACUCUAGAGCAAAUUGAGGCCUUGAAAGGCCGAUCAAAGGGCACUCAUGGCACCCCUCCACCACAGCAGAUGCAUCACCGGAGUCCUGUGCACCACCGUUCGCCAUUGCAUCCUAAUCAUAAUGUUGUAGGACAAGCUGUUAGAAGCAGUCACCAUGCACCUAGACUGAGGUGAUGUAGAAAGCUUUGGUUUUUUUGAUGAUUUGUGCUUGGCAAUCAUCACCCAUUUUUGUUUUUCUGCAGUUCUAAUCCAUCACUGUAAUUUCAUGUUGUUACUGUAAUUAAGUCAUGAAAUUAUUAUUAUUGUUAUUAUUAUCAUUCUGUGUAAUGAGACUAUGUACGAGAUUAGUAUGGCAAAAUUGAGAAUGAAUUGAUCAA